AUGUCUUCAAAUGUCGAUGAAUAUAAUGCAUUGGUUACUUUAAUCAAGAAGUCGCUAGCGGGUGAUGUCGAUGGACGCGUUCAUGAACAAGCAAUAAUAAAAAGUCAUAAUUAUCUACUACAAUAUCAAUCAGAAGGUCAUUGGUUUUGUAAUGAUCAUUUAUAUCCAAUAUCAAUUUAUUCAUUAAUUCUAUUUUCAUUUCCAGAAACAACUUAUAAAACAGAUUUACUACCUCAUUUCACAAAAAGUCUUACAACUUGUACAAAUUGUCUACGAUCUUUUAAUAAGGGUAAAGCUGAAUUAAGAUUAAGUUUUGCAAUUCAAAAAAAAUUACCAAUAUCAAAUGUUCAACAAUUUAUCAAUGCAAUUACCCAAUGGGAAAUAACAAACUUAGCUCCAUUGUUGGAUACUACUUGUCAACAAUUUUCAGAUGGGGAUUUAAUAGAUGAAGAUCAAGCUAAUAUUGUGAUACAUUGGUUAUUAAAUAAUACAGAUAUAUUAAUACAAAACGGUCAUAUAAAAAAGCAAUUUGACUACAUAGUAAGCCAGCUUAAACUUGGUAUAAUUAGAUCCAAACCAAAAUCAUUAUUACCUGGGUUAAUAUACAUUUUAUUUGAAGGUACAGCUGAUGCAAAAGCAUGGGCUAAUCAAUGGAUAAAUAAAUUAAAACAAAGUCAAGUAUUAUAUGACAAAGUGGGACUAAAUGAAUCAGUAAUUUUAGAAUUUUCAAAACAUUUAUACAGAAUUCAAGACGCUGAAUAUUAUAAUAGUCGAAGGGCUAUAAGAUUCUGGGAAGUUUUCAACACAAUAAUAGAUUUUAUUGAUGAUGAUGCAUUUGUUUCAAGAUUUAAUUCCCCCAGUGAUAUAGAAGUGAUGAGUAAACAUAACAAUUUAAGAUUCAAUUCAGUCACCAAAGUACUUGCGAACACUUUAAUGUCUCAAGUUGACGAACCUUUACCUAUUUUAUUGAAAGUAUUUACAAAAUUGUUAAGAAAAUUACAAUCAACUUUUUGGUCGUUAACAAUUCCUACAAAUCAUUUAGAAAUAAAUCAUGCAAUAAUAAGUAAUCCGGCUUAUCAUAAAUUACUAGAACAAGGAUCAAUGGAAGAACAAUCAAUGUAUGACUGGAAUUUAAAUGACAUAAUUCAGUGGAUGUUUGCAAUAGUAAAAUCAGUUCCAGUUUCUCAAUCACAAGCAUUAAGUUUGAAACUAUUUUCUUUUUUGAUCAAGUUCUCAUCAAAUGAUGUUAGAUCUUUAAAUGAUCUGAGAGUACACAGAGAAAGGUAUUUACAAGGUUUAGGUUGUAAAUUUCUAGACAUAGCAUUUGAUUUUGUUGAUAACGGUGACGUGGCUCUCGAUUUUGUUGAUAAUGGUAACGGAUCAGAUUCGAAUUUUGCCGUAAAAUUGAUGGCGUUGAGAGAUCUUAGAGCUAAAAUUGAACAUGUUGGUGAUAAAUUGGUAAGUUUAGCAAUUUCCAAUACUGGUGAUGAGUCAUCAACUUCGUCACAUGCUUUGAGCGUUAUUAUUAAAUGUUUGAAAUACGAUGUUGCACUACUAUCUCACAAUAGUAUAUUAUUACUUGAUUUCAAAACUCCUGUCAUUUACGAUACAUUUCCGAUGCUUUGGGCUGCUGUUAGUAAAUCAAAACUUAAUGCCAACAUUUUCAUGGCUAAAGAAAUAAUCAAAUGCUUUAGUGGACUAGUUGUUGCAAUUCGAUUUUAUCCAACUAAAAAUCCAGACACAAAUAAACAAUUGAUGGAUAGUAGAUUACAACAUAAUGAGAAUAUUGAUUCAAUAAUUAAAUUUGUGAAUCUGAUUUUUGGUAAUAUAAGUCUUGCAUCCUCUUCAUCAUUAAACGAAAUUAUCAAGGAUACUAAAUGUUUAGAAUCAAUUUGGUCUUGUAUAUUUUUCCCACCUACAGCUCAAGCAGCAUUAGAUAUAUUGGAUGGUAUUUUUGAUGGUGGUGGUAGAUUUGAAUCUAUUCAAGAGUGUUUAAAUAACAAUUUGAAUGGAACUUUAAGAUCAAUAAAUGGACGUGUCACUAUUUUAACUAAAUUAGAAGCUUUUGAACCAACUCCAAGAGCUGUUAGAAUAUUAAUGGAUGUCGUAAAAGCAUUAACCGAUCCUUUGAGCUCGAUUUUAUCUUCAAGUGAGGUAUCAAAAGCUUAUAUGGAAAUACAACAAUUUUGGAGUUCAUGUUUAUCAUUUUUGAUUAUGAUUUAUGAAAAAGCUAUGGUUUGGGCCGGUAAAUAUCAUAUGCAUGAAUUGGUUGAAUUUACAAGAGAUACUUUGGAUUUAAGUCAUUCCUUGUUAGAAUCAUUUCGUUUGAUUGCAGACGGAAUUGCUCCAUAUGCUGGAGAAGAUUCAUCAAUAAGAUUAUUUGGUGUGUACAUGAAUGCGUUUAAAAAUAUUUUAGCAUGGUUAAAAUUGGGUGACACUGUUCUUUUGAAUUAUUGUGUUGAUUUGGUUUUUAAAGUGAUUGAUUUAGCCGUUGAACAAGGUUUUCCAAUAGAUGAUAGUGUAAUAGAAACUUUUGCAAAAUUUGGUGUAAAAGCUAAAAGAUUUAAUAAUAAACUAUCAGAAAGUCAAAGAUCGCAAAUAUUAGCAAAAGCCAGGGAAUUUAAUGAUGCUUUAGUUGAAUCUAUUGUGCAAGCUAAUCAUGAUCACAAAUCACGAAGUAAAAUUGAACUUAUUGAAAAAUAUGUAUCACCAGAACCACCAGUGGUAAUUCCAAAAUCUUUUUACAGGCCCCCACAACCAGCUACAUCUCAUCAAAAACAACAACAAACUUUGGGUAGAUUUGCUCGAACAACAAGUGAACCACCGGUUGCACCACCUCAACAAAAAGAUGCCAAAGGUACAAACACUAUUGCUUCAUUGCGUCAAGAAUUACAACAAUCAAGACAAGCAGUCAAGACUGAGAAAGUUCCAGCACCUGCUAGACCAGCAGGUUUCAAUUCCAAAAAGACACCACCAGUUAUUGGAAGGUCGUUAAAUUCUUCUGCACAUAAACCCAAAAAAACAGAAACAGAUUCAUCAUCAGAAGAAGAUGAUUCGGAGGUGGAUGAAUUAUUUGGUCGUACGAGAAAGAAAGUUAAGAUUACGGAACUUGAUUUCAAUGGUAAAAAAAUAAGUUCGAUCAAUAAACCAAAAGCAUUAAAACCAGUUGAUCAAGAAAAACUAGAUAGGGACAGAAUGAGAAAGAGAUUAAAUGUUAAUCUUAAUCCAUUAUAUCAAAUUGUUUUAAAAUGGAACUAUAAUUCCAAUUCUGAAUUUCCAACAAAAGAUAGAUCAGCUUAUGAAAAUACAAAACCUACUUAUAAAGAUGUUAAGGAAUAUGUCAAAGUUACUGAACCUUUGCUAAUGUUGGAAUGCUGGCAAGGUAUACAAGCUGCUAAAAAAACAAUCGAUGAAAUCCCAUUUGAAGUAUUUAUUGGUAGUAGAACAAGUGUCGACAACUUUUUUGACGUUUUCACAUCAAUGAACAAAAAAACAAUUCAAGAUAGAAAAUUAACAGAAUCCGAUUUAAUAGUAUUAGCAUGUAAUAAUGAAGCCAUAACUGAUCCAGCUGAACAAAGACGUUACAUGAAAGCAGAAGGUAGUUUAACAUGUUUGGCCAAAAUCAGACUGAUCAAAUCAGCAAAUCCAGAAUCUUGUGAUGUAACUAUAAGAGUGUAUCCAACUGGUGCUAUGAUGGGUGCAUUAACUCCUAAAAUGACUUUACUUGGUAUGAAAGUAAUGCAAAUGAUAACAGUUGAAAGAGAAUUUUCUUCAUUGAAAGGAUUAGAAUACUAUGAUUUAGCCGAUUCAAUAAUAAAAGCUGAACCAAAUAAACCAGUAGAAAUGAGAGAUGAAGAAGUUGAUCAUAUGUACAAAGUUUAUGAUGUAAAUAAAUCUCAAGCAAAAGCUAUUAUGGGAACAUAUAGAACUAAUGGAUUUUCAUUAAUUCAAGGUCCUCCUGGUACUGGUAAAACUAAAACUAUUUUGGGUAUUGUUGGUUAUUCAUUAUCUCAUGAUAAAGACGCAAAAAUACUUGAUGCACCAGAGAAGAAACCGACACCUGCUUCUGAAAAGUCAAAAAUCCUCAUUUGUGCUCCUAGUAAUGCCGCUGUUGAUGAAUUGGUUCUAAGAUUAAGAGAUGGUGUAAAAAAUUCCAAAGGUCAACAUAUGGAUUUGAAAGUGGUCAGACUUGGUAGAAGUGACGCUAUCAAUGCCGCAGUAAAAGAUUUAACUUUAGAAGAAUUAGUCGAUAAAAGAUUACAAUCAACUCAAGUUGAUGUCAGAGUUGAUCCAAACAUUAGAGAAGAACAUACUAAAAAAAUACAAGAAAGAGAUCAAAUAAGAAAAAGAUUAAAUACUGAAAGUUUAAGCGCUAGUGAAAUUGAAGAAUUGGAAACUAAAUUACGCCAAGUAAAUAAAGAAAGAAGUGAUUUGGCAAAGAAAUUGGAUGAUCAAAGAGAAAAAUCUUCUAUUGCUUAUAGAACUAGAGAAAUUGAUAGAAGAAAUAUUCAAGCACAAAUUUUAGCUGACGCACAAGUUUUAUGUUCCACAUUAUCAGGUUCAGCUCACGAUUUAAUUGCUAAUCUUUCAGUAAAAUUUGAUCAAGUAAUCAUUGAUGAAGCUUGUCAAUGUUUAGAAUUGUCAGCAAUUAUUCCUUUAAGAUAUGGAUGUAAAAAGUGUAUUAUGGUGGGAGAUCCAAAUCAAUUACCACCAACUGUAUUAUCUCAAGCAGCCGCAUCGUAUAAUUAUGAGCAAAGUCUAUUCGUAAGAAUGCAACAAAAUCAUCCAGAUAGUGUUUAUUUGUUGAAUACUCAAUAUAGAAUGCAUCCAAUGAUUUCAAAAUUCCCAAGUGCAGAAUUUUAUAAUUCAAAAUUAAUCAACGGACCAGGUAUGGAACAGAAAAAUUCAAGACCAUGGCAUUCAACUAAUCAUUUAACGCCAUAUAGAUUUUUUGACAUUGUUGGAAGUAGACAUGAGAAAAAUGAGUUAACUCGUUCAUUAUUCAAUACAGAAGAAGCAAAUAUCUGUUUACAAUUAGUACAAAAAUUAAUGACAAUGAUACCACAAGCAACUUUUGCUGGUAGAAUAGGUAUAAUUUCACCAUAUAAAGAACAAAUUAAAAAGAUCAAAGAUGUAUUUAUUAGAAGAUAUGGUAAAAAUAUUUUAGGUGAAAUUGAUUUUAAUACAGUUGAUGGAUAUCAAGGUCAAGAGAAAGAAAUUAUUAUAAUGUCUUGUGUAAGAGCAAGUUCUACAGGUAAUAUUGGAUUUUUAAGUGAUAUACGUCGUAUGAAUGUUGCACUAACUCGUGCUUGUACAACACUUUGGAUUCUAGGUAAUAAAACAUCAUUAGAAACAAAUAAAGUUUGGAAAAGAUUAUUAAAAGAUGCUGAAGAUAGAAAUUCCGUUACUGAAGCUACUUCUGGAUUUUUAAACAGCUAUGAUACUUUUAAUACACAACAUAAAAGAGCUAGUGAGAGCACUCCAGUUCAACCGAUGAAAAAGACAAAAUACAAUGGGACAGAAUCCGAAGGCAAUGAUAUACCAGCUUCAUCUGGUACAAUACCGAAGACACCAACAAAUGUAUCAUCAAAGAGUCUGAAUAACAACAACCUUUCCAUACCUAAAAAACCAGUCAAUAACAAUCUUGCAAUACCAAGAAAGCCAUUGAUGAAUGAUUAUAAAUCUUCAACAAGCGGAAGUAACUCAACUCCAAUAGCUAAUUCAAGAUUUGAUAAAGAGGGAUCACCUUUAAUAUCCAAUAAAACCACCAACAUUAGUGAGAGAAAACCAACAUCAUCAGGUACUUUACCAAACAGAAACACCAAUUCAUAUACAAACAAUACAAAUUCAGCUGGUCCCAACAAUUUCAAUAAUAACAAACCUAAGCCAUAUGUUCACAAUUCAACUACGGCAUCUACUGGAACAAAACAAUACGAUAAUAACAAUGUAAAGAAGUAUAAAUCAAAACCUUAUAUUCAUAAUUCAACUCCACCAUCACAAUCUAAUCAACCAUACAAACCUCCAUCAACUAAUACUACAGAGAGGAAACCUACGUCAUCGGGAAUGGUAUUACCACCAAAACCUAAACCAAAAUCAAGCUUAUUUAUACCAAGAAAACCAUUCAAUCAAAGAUGA